AAUGAGAUUGGUUCAUUGUCAAGGAGCUUUUUUUUCUUUUUUUUCUUUCUCAUUACCCAUGAUGCCUCGUGGUGCGGCGCGGGCUACAUGUUGCCCAACAUGCCAGUGCAAAUGUUUUCUCAAUUAGGCGUCUUAUCUGCGGUGCGCGCGCUCGCAUCAGAUGAAGCUCGCUGACGGCGCGAUGGCAGCAAAAAGCUCCGAAGGCUCCAUCAAAUGGCAGCUCUGCUACGACAUCUCCGCCAGGACCUGGUGGAUGGAUGAAUUCCAUCCUUUCAUCGAAGCCCUGCUGCCCCACGUCCGGGCCUUCGCCUACACGUGGUUCAACCUGCAGGCCCGCAAGAGGAAGUACUUCAAGAAGCACGAGAAGCGCAUGUCCAAGGAGGAGGAGCGCGCCGUGAAGGACGAGCUGCUGGGCGAGAAGCCCGAGGUCAAGCAGAAGUGGGCCUCGCGCCUGCUGGCCAAGCUGCGCAAGGACAUCCGGCCCGAGUUCCGGGAGGACUUUGUGCUGACGGUGACGGGGAAGAAGCCGCCGUGCUGCGUGCUGUCCAACCCCGACCAGAAGGGCAAGAUGAGGCGGAUCGACUGCCUGCGUCAGGCGGACAAAGUGUGGAGGCUGGACCUGGUCAUGGUGAUUUUAUUCAAAGGGAUUCCCCUCGAAAGCACUGACGGGGAGCGGCUGGUAAAGUCCCCCCAGUGUUCGAACCCCACCCUGUGCGUGCAGCCGCACCACAUUGGAGUUUCCGUCAAGGAGCUGGAUCUCUACCUGGCUUACUUUGUGCACGCAGAAACCGGCCAAUCAGAAAGCCCCAACCAGGCCAGUGAUUCAGAUAUCAAGGAGCAGCCAGAGAACGGCCAUCUGGGUUUUCAGGACAGCUUUGUGACACCCGGCGUCUUCACGGUGGCUGAGCUUGUACGAGUCUCUCAGACACCUAUCGCAGCUGGUACCGGUCCAAACUUCUCACUGGCCGACCUGGACAGCUCCUCCUAUUACAGCAUGAGUCCAGGAGCCAUGAGGAGACCUCUGCCGAGCACCUCCUCCUCCGGCUCUGCCAAGAGGAUAAAGUGUAUGGAGGAGGACGUGGACAGUCCAGGGGAGGAGUCCUACUACACCAGUCAGGGUCGAUCUCCGGGCAGCGGCAGCCAGGCCAGCAGCUGGCACGAUGUGGAACCAGCUGGAUAUAAGCUGCGCGGCUCUCUAGCUAGCUCAUUCAUCUCCCGACAAGGGAUGCCGUCGCCCGCCGGCGCUCUGAAGAAGUUAGAGAAGUCUGGUUUCUGCGGCGCCUCCACCUCCUCCUCUUCUUCUUCCUCCUCUUCCCCCCGAACGGCUUUCACACACCACCACCACCACCGGCCCGUCAUUACCGGGCCUCGAGCGAGCGCCCACGCUCCCCCCUCCAGCCUCCACUUCUCCUCCUCCCCCAUCCUGCAGCAGCCCGGCUCCUACUUCUCCCACCCGGCCAUCAGGUAUCACCCGCAGGAGACGCUCAAGGAGUUCGUCCAGCUGGUCUGCCCUGACUCCGCCCAGCAGGCCGGACAGGUGGGCUUCCUUAACCCUAACAACAGCUCCCAGGGAAAAGUCCACAACCCUUUCCUACCGACGCCCAUGCUGCCUCCCCCGCCGCCUCCCCCGAUGGCUCGUCCUGUCCCACUGCCCGUCGACGCCAAGCCGCCAUCCACCUCCUCCGCCGAGGGCGGGGGCAACUCGCCCACCUCCCCCACCUACUCCACCCCCACUUCAUCUCCGGCCCAGCGGUUUGGACCCAGAGAUCCCGGUUUUAACAUCCCUCAGCAACCGCAGUGGUACCUGGGAUAAGGACUCUAGAGGCCCCUUGCCCCUCCACCCACCUGUACGACAGAUCGCUGCAGCCUCCUCUUCGACCCUUGACCUUUGAUGCCAGUUGCGACAGAGAGUCCCUUCCUGCCCUGCCCGUUUAGCCCUCCAACUCCUCCCUCUCUGCGCCUGACUCCACCCCUAUCAGCGCCCAACUCAGCAGCAACAGCAUGGCUACAGCACAUCAAACGCACCCGACCCUGGUGUUAGAACACCCCCUCUGUAAACCGUAUGUCACAGGCUUCCCUGCAGACGCACGGUUUGUACGUCCAUGUCCAUUUUAGUGCCAGACUCCGCCCCCCCCACAACCCCAAAGACGGACAAGUUUUUGUGAACGCCGCUAGCCCGAGUGGCAGAGCUUCCCCUCUGGAGGAACGACAUACCCACACAACGUUACCUUCUGCAGAGUGCGCAUCCAGUGGACUUAUAACGGUACAAAGCCCUCCACCCCCCAUCUGAACCCCCAACCCGGUCGUUCCUGAUGGCUUGGGGUUGGUUUGGUUGGUGGGAUAGGACGGGCUUUACCAUGGUCGGGGGGUGAGGGGUGUUACCUGGCUCAGAUACCAACAGCUAAUACCCACGACCCCCUCAUAGAUGCCCGAGCCUUCACAGCCUCCACGGAUGGACUCCGCCCUCCCCCCACUUGACCCCGCCCCCUUGGUUGGUGGCACGUCAGGGAGGGAGGACGUCAAACGGCUCUUUCCAAGGACACGGACCAGUGCUUAAUGGAAAGAGCCGACCUGAUGGGAAGGUGGUGCGGGCACAAACCAAUCCGCCCUGCCUGAAAUAACAUGAACUGCACAUGGAAGGGUCAGGGGCGUUAGGGUGAAGGUGGGGUGGUAAACGUGAGGGGAAGCAGGGGUUUGUUGUUCAUGUGAAGUGUUGCUACCAGAUGCUGGUGGAUCCAAGCUGGUUUAUCUAAGAAGGCUUUGGUUUCAUGGCUCAUUGAUGUUUCUCUCUUAGGCAGUCAUUUCAGCUGGUCCCCUCCUCUUCCUCCUCUAUCCAUCCACCAGUCUGUGUGAAGCUACAGCAUGCAAAGGGUGGGCAGAGGGCUCUGGUGUCCGAUAUGCAGCAGGCAGACAGAGAGAUGAUGAUUGAUGAUGAGUGACUAAAACUUUACCAGUGAAAUAUUGAUCAUGAGGAAAGUGCAAUUUUGUUGACUAGCUGUUGGAUAGUUAAAUAUCUUUGUAAGAUAGCUCGUUGAAAACAGUUGAUGAAAAGUAUAUAUGAACUAUAUUUUUCUUCUUAGUCCGUUCACACCUCUGGGACUCUAAAAUCUUGGGGUACAAAAGACAACAACUCAGCAUUCAACUCGAAAACAUAGCCUUGUGAGAAAUAAGAGGAGCUGUAUUCACACUAUUGUUUAUUAUUUGUUGUUAGUUCAUCUUGCAAAGCUGUUAGUAUGGUAGAACAAGAAUCCCUUUAAAGAAAUAUCAUUUUAAACAAUCACUGUUUUUAAUGCAUUUCUUUCAGCUUAAGUCUGCUUUUUAUUUUUUUUGAAAGAAGAAAAAACGCUUAACUUAUUUUAACGAGCACAUCAUUUUACUUUUAAAAAUAAAAAAUAAAAAGAAGCUAUUUGAAUUUCUCAUGAGGCAAAAUCAGGAGAAGAUAUAACAAGUGAAUUUAAACGUAAUCACGUUUUCUCCCGGUUUCUGCGAGAUAAUCGUUCACGGGUGUUACCCGCUGAUUGGCUGGGUCUCAUGGAGGUCCUGUCCAAUCAAAAGCACUUAUUCCUGCAGUUGGCCAAUAGGCCGUGUGUGUAAUCAGGGGGUGUGGUUAAGUGAUAAAGAGGCGGAGCAGAGGGUAACUCUCUGAAAGCUUUCGUCCACAGACAGCCGGGCGCUUCACAUGCAACUUACCAUUUUAUUGAAUUCAUUUUUUUUUCUUCCUUUCCUAUACUAUAUAUAUAGAUAUAAAUAUGUACACACACAAACACACACACACACACACACACACAUACCCAAACACUCUUACGACCAUCCAGCGUCAAACAAAAGUGAAUUUAAGUGGAAAAAAAAAAAAAAAAAUAAAAAAAAUCUGCAUGUUCUAGUGUUAGUGACACAUUUUUCCAUAGAUGAUGUAGUUAGUGAGAUAAAGACACUAUAUUGUAAAUCCAACAUCAGGCACUUGCCAGCAGCCAUCUAUUAGUUUGGCCCCGUCGGCCUUUUCUAUUGCUCUCCUUUACAACCAACCAGCUCUCUUCUCGGCACAUCUCUAUUUUAAUUUUCUACUUCCUUCUCUCGCUCACCCUUACCUUUUCCUUCAGGAACACAUCGAUUCUGCUUUUUGCCUGAUGGUAAUUCAAGACAUUCUCUUUUUCAUCUGUAUGUUAUUAAAUUGCACGAAAACAAUUGUUCCUCCUGAAUGUGCCUUGAGCUACAGUCCAGUCCUGGGAGGUUGCACAAGAUCCAAUGUGGAGAGUCUUGCUUUAUCGUUAUUCUCCUUUUAACUUCCUAAUUCACCAUCAGCACCUUCAGUUUUGUUGGUAGUUGAAGCAAUUAACGUCAAAGCGUUGAAGCCGAAGAGAAACGCUCAGGCCUUUGCUGCACGGCUUUCUGCCCCCCCCCCCCACACCUGCCCCAUCCCCCCUGCAGUGCUGAGCAGAGACCUCACAGGUGAACAUCAGCUACAAUCAGGUCAAACAUGUUCAGGUACCUGCUAACAGACGACAACACAGGGAAAUUUUGUGAAAUGAGCAUUGAGUCUGAGGUUGUGUUGAAAGGUCUAAUGUGUAGAUAAUGUUUGUCUAAUGUAAAAACAACAUGAGGUUAACAUGACUUUCUCAGCUCUUAGUUAUAGGUCAGAUGUAGCAGCGGAAAAACAAUUCAUAGUAAUUUGCUAGCUAAUGUCACAGAGUAAAAGGUUCCAUCCAGCUUGCUGCUAAUGUUAGCUUAUGCUAAUGGUUGGUUUGAGGGGAGCGACGGGUGACCACGGGACAGUGGGGGACAUUUAGGGGAGAUAGGAGGGCGCAUGCCUCCAGUACGUUACAUUCAGUGUAACCAACAAACACGAGUAAUAAUUCUUGACACUUCUUUUCUGCAGACUUGGCAAAAUGCUGUGAAAAUCAGUUUUUGUCUAAUUUUGCAUAAACAGUUUGCUCCCAGUUAGAUCGUUUAUUUUAGCAGGUAAAAUACUUUAUUUAGGUUAGCCAACCAUUGAGUGGCUAAAUGCUAUGAGUCAUGUCAUGUUAGCUAACGGUUUAGUGGCGAUACCGUUUGAUUGAGGUUAGCUAACUGAGUUUAGCAGCUUAAACAGUUUGGGUUGGGUUUGCUAAUGGUUUGUUUAUUACCUGGUCCCUGACAGAUCUUUGAACCAGAAACAGUUUAUGGUCUGAACAAACAUCUCAUUUCAUUUUCAUUUAAAUUGUAUAUGUGCUGUAGUGAUAUGAAACAGGAAAUGGAUUGACAUGAAAACACAUUUUCUCACUUUUCCUGUUAUUUGCACUUGAAGACAUUGUACUCAUUUCACAAAAUUUUGUGAUGUCAAUACCUUGAUAGACUAGACAGAGCUUGUAACUUCUCACUGGUUUGUUCAGUUAACCAAGUUACCCCCAUUCAUCCCAUUGAUCCUAUCGUUUGUCGGAUGGGAUGAAUUUUCAAUUCUUCCUUUUUGAAUUUUUUUGUUUGUUGGUUCUUCUACUUUUUGUUCCCAGAAAAGAACUACGAGGACAUAAAAUAUGCAAUACCUGCUUGCACUCACCUAGACCUUUUAUUUUAACUGCCAUUGUUUUAUUUUUUUUUCUUUCCCUUUACUUUCAACCAAAGUUAGCGUGCACGCAACUGGCAUCUUGCUCCGUGGUCGGUCCCUGAAAAUUGUGAAGCCAGCCCCGCACCAACGCUGCAGCGAAGCUGAGCCGCCAUCGCUUGGGGAAUUCUACUUCCUUCCUUCCUGUUUUUAAAAUGUUCCCGACGGCCGCAAAAUUACAUUUGGGUCUCUCUUUCUGAAAUGACUUUUUUUUCAUUAUUUCUUUGGUCACGAGCAAGCCUUAAACAAGUCCAACUUCUUCUCCAUCGCACAGAAAACAGUUUAUUUAAAAAAAAAAAGAAUUCGAUGACAUCCAACAUUUUGACCACGCCCCGCCCUGCUCAGCAGAGGUUUUAGUGAAUAAAUUGUUUACCUGUUCUGUGUUCAGUUCGUCUCAAAUGUGAUGGACAGCGCCGUGACGCCGUCAGCUGUGAUGGUUUAGUAGUUUGCACUUGUGUGGGUUGUGUUUCCUCCUAGUGUGACAUGUCUGUUUUCGUCUCUUUUCUUGCCUACCCUUUAGCCAUGAGUUGGGCAUUAGUUCCUUAAUUAUCUGCACUAAAUAUGAAAUAAAUGACAAUAGUGAAAAAGUAUUACGUAAAAAAAAAAAUUUAAAAACAGCUUAAAAAGAGCAAAGGGAAUUCAGAAAAAAAUUGCACGGACAUUUUUUUUUAAGUGUCACAAAAACCUUGUGAAACAGCCUAGCAUCUAAUCAGCGACUUUUGGCUGGGUUGUGUGUAAGAUAAUGACAAAAUUGCACCCUUUUUAAAGAAAGAAAAAAAUGAAAAAGAAUAUAAAAGCAAUAGUUUGGGCAGUGUGUUUUUUUGUUCUUGUGUUGUGUGUGUAAUUUAGUUCUGGUACAGCAGCGAAGAGACGCAAUGAAGAGUUAGCUCUUAAUGGACGGGAGGGCAGAGCAGCAGGGCCACUAGGCCCCACUGGGAGACGUGUUUGUAUGUUGUAUAGUUUUAUUAAUUACACUGAUUUUAAAGCUGCCCUAUUUUAUAAUGCAGGACUUUUGUAACAUUGAUACAAUGAGGAAAAACUAGUGUUGUGAAUUUUCUGAUUGUUUGUAUUGAGGCCACAUUACUAGAAUUGGUUUGGUUUGUUUUCCAGGAACUGGAUUUAAGUUGAAAACUUUCCUGUUUCCUUACUUUUCCUUAAUUCUUUUCUUCAUUUUUGCUUUCCUUUUUGUAUGUAUUUAAGGACAUUUGUUGAUGGUAUAGCAUAUUCCUGUACUUAAAAAGUAUGGGGCGCUAUGGUGAUAAGACCAUUGUAAAUGGAUGUUACAGUAUGCUGUAUGUUUUGAAGGUUAUUUUUUGCAUCAGUGUUGAUGAAGCUACAUCUAGGUAAUUCUGAGGAAAAUUGGUAAGAAAAGCAAGGUUUUUUUUAUGCAUUUAAAAAUUUAGUUUUUAGGCAGGAGACAAUGACAUAGCCAGCCAAAGGAUGCCCUUACUAUAAAUGCAUUUAGGCAUCUUUUUUGUGUUCACCAUUCCAUGCAGGAAAAUAAACAGCUUGAUUAUGCAACAUGAUUCUUUUUCUUUUCCAUCCGUUUCUUUAUUCACUGGCCCACAAUAUCAACCUCGCCUCCACUUCUUUCUCCUCCGUCCUCCUCCUCCGGCCCCCCCUCAGCCUGGAGGUCCACUCUGAUCUCUGUCCAUCCGCACAUCCACCGCUGCUCCAUCAUUGCAUCACAUUCAUGCAGCAGAUAACCGGCUGAGGUACGUCAAGUCACCGUCACGAACCGUAUUUCCGGUAUGAUCCAAGUUUCUGCUCAUUUCCUCGCUUACCUCAAUGAAUAUUCUAAGGUGAGGUGCUCUAAACCGCAGAGUAGCAGUAGCUCCUUUAGGUGCUCAUCAAGGUUACACUGGACAUUUUCCUCGGCCAAUCCUCCUUAUCGAUUCUGCGUUAUUGUUCAAUUAUUAUCUAUUUAGAACGUCUUUAAAGCAGAAAAGGCCUCCAGAUGGUGCCAUACCAAGACAUCCAAAGAUUUAAACUCUAUUAAUAUAUUAAUAUUUUUACAUUAGCAAAGCUGGAACCUGUGAUUUGUUUUUGCUUUGAUUAAAUCACUUAAAAUAAUCUAAUUAUAAAAAUCAUUUUGUAGAUAAACAGAACAAAAAUGUAAAAUAGUCCCAGUUUGCCAAUCUGUUCUGCUAAACCUUCUAGCUUGGAAAGUGAACGACUGAAAAACGGGACUCAGACACGUCUAGUGUGGUCAAACUGCCUCCAUCCUUUCAAACUCAUGUUGCAUUGCCAGGCCUAUUUUCAAAAAAACAAAAAAUUGGUUGCAGUACGGUAUGUUAUUUUGGGUUUAUGUACAUUUAAUAUUGCUAAAGGAUUCUAAAAUGUUGCUAUCUGAUGUAAUGGUGACACCAUCAAAUGCAACCUGGUUCUGAAUGUUAGGAACUAACCAUUAUUUUGUAAGGAAGGGGAUAUUUCCAAAAGGGUUUCGUUUGGAAUAUCAUUUUCAGGUGCAAAUAGAAGUGAAAAAGUGCAAAAUGAGUAGUGACUCAAAGCCGCAACACAUUACUCUGCUCACCCUGAAUCUAAAGAACUCCAACGCUCGCCCAACCAGCGCUAUUAGCUAGAGCUGGAGUCAAAGCCCUUGCCUUUCCCCCCCACCGCACUCCCCGCCAAGACUUGAUGUUUUGAGGAAUUUCACCUUUGAGGAAUUCUGCCGCUCCACAAGGAAACAGAGUUGAACGAAUGCUGAGCUUUUUCAUGCUAGCGCCUUUUUUGUUUUUCACGUUUAUCCACAAUCUCCCGGGGCUCAGAUCAGCCCCUUGCACCUCACCCGGAGAGACAAAUCCAUCACCCCAGACCGCUGUUCGAGACCCCCGUUUUUUGAAUGGGGCAUUAAAGUAAUUGAAUUUGAGCUGCUUAAACGUGAAGAGGGGCAGAAUUCUUCAGGCUUUGAACCAGGGUAUUUUUUUUUGUCGAGUCAAACCCUGUAGUUGUCUUCGGCAACAGCAGGGCAGUAGAAAGGACAUCCUUCAGCGCGACGGAGUGUGCAUAUGAGUCUCAAUGGCAGCCCUUCAUAGGGAUGAAGGAAAGUCAUUGGACAGGGAGGCAGGUAACACUGAAGCUGCUCUCCAGCAGUCAACUGUAAUCAAUUACUGUUCUGUGCAAAGAUAUUUAUUUAUCCUGUUGCAAAACCAUCACACGGUGCUAAUUGUUGAAUCAAGCCAGUGAAGAGGAAGCAAGCUGGCAAAAGCUUGCCGCCAUCAUGCUUCCCCGAUAGCGUAUCAGCGCAUAGCAGUCUAAUCUGCAUGAGAACUAUGCACUGACUUCAAAACGAGACAUCCACGCGUGAGCCGCGUGCACGCCGCCCACGGGGACUUUGGUAUCUAACUUUAUGAGACACGUCGGCCUUUGCCUUCUUUUACGAUCCGUCUUUGCGUUUUCCAGAUCCCAGCUUCCACGGACCGAACGAGUCCCUCGACAAAAUCAGAAAAAUAAAUGAAAAAUAAAAGAGAACCAGCAUAUUACAUGAUAUAUUUAAAAAGAUCAAAUGUAGUGCCUGUGAAAACCUGUAUUAUAAUGCUCUUCUGAAAACCGAAUAUAAUAAUUGUUUGUAACUGUUGACAUUUCUGACCACCAGUAGCCUUUGCUGUCUGUCAGGCCCCUCUGAUUAUAGCUGAUGUACAAUAAUCAUAAGAUGUAACUGCAUGCUCUUCCAUAAUCGCCUAGUAAACUGUUACAAUGACACACAAAAAAGUUACAAAAACCAGAUUGUUUUGUUACUAUUCUUGGUUCCUCUUUCUUUUCUUUAUUUUUUUUAUGCCUCAAACCUUUUUCUGCUCACCUCCUUCAUCCGUCCAUCCUCACACAUGGGACUCUUUCAUCCCCGACAUGAAAACGCCACUGAACACCUCCGCGUGUUGGUUUAUUGCCAUCGAUUUGAUUGGUGUGCCACCAUGAUGACUGCCCCGGGGCAAUCGGCGGACAGCCGCCGCCUCUCGGGUUAUUCUUUUUUCAUCCGACAAUCUCCAGCUAACUUUUAACAUCGGCAAGCACCUGGCUGGUCCGGCUCCCUGUGACCCGCCCUUCCUCUCCCCUCGCGUCCAUUGACCAGCAGACUGAGAAAUCUUUGCAGGGGGCUCUGGGUGAGUGCUCCUUCUUAUUCUCCUCCUCCCCGGGCAGUUUCCUGCAGGAGAUCGAAUCGAUAUCUGCUUUUUUUUGCAGUGCUCAGCACUAUCCGGGACAGAAUCCCCCCUCCCUCCUCUUUGAGCCUCCACUGCGUCUCCCUCGACUGGACUUCAAACGGGCCGCCCGCUCCUCCAGGAUGAGAGAGUUAUAGAGAGCGAAAGGUAGAGGUAGCCGGCACUUGGGAAACUCCGCGACCCCCUGCAUAAGCCCCCCCCCCCCCCCCAACAACACAGUGUCAGGCUCUCACCCCCCACUUUCCCCGGCCAGCUGGGGUCGAUCGGCUUGUCUAGCUCGGCUCCAGUGGCUCCUCUCUCUGUUCGACUCGCAACCUGUCGAUGCGGGUCUUUGAAACCAAACAGUCUCUUUGACUUGUGCGUCUCCUUUAGGGAAGAAAACUUUUGCGAUGACAAACUUUGCUGAUGACCAGACUGUUUUGCUACAGGAGUGUGUAGCAAGUUCUGCUUAACAUUGCCACUAGUUGUCAGAGCAAGCUGCAGUGUUUUUCAUAGUCCCCAUGUUUUCUCCACUACUUCUGAUGGGAGAUCUACAGUUUCUUCCCAGCCCUUUAACUGAGCCGGUCUCCUCAAACCCCUCAAAUAGUAAAUACUUUCUACUUUUAAUAGUGUCCAACUGAAAAACCAUGCCAGCCACUAUGUAGUACCUUUAACUAUUAGCCAAUAGCUCAAAGAAACUAUACCAGUACAGAAAUUCCACGAUAUGUUUCUGGUAAAAAUUCUUAAUCUGAGAAUAGUCAUUGAAAAUGAUUUCACUGUCUAAAGGCCAAACCUUUGGCCCUUCUGAACAAAGUUAAACAUUUUAGCAUCCAGAAGUCAUUUUAGUCACUGCGUUUGACCUGGAACUGCCCACAUUCGCAUUUCUCUCUUGUCGAUGUUCUGAAUAUUCAAGCCGGUCAGCAAUACCGAUAAUCAAUCGUCUCGAUUAGCAUUUUCUUGUUGUCUUCCAUCCAACCCUCUGGAGGCUAUGCUAACUAUAGCUAACCCAUGACAAUCUCAAAAGAAGAGAGUUUAUCUUUAUCUUUUCCUCCCGGGCGCCCGUCCUGCUGCAGUCUGAGUCACACAUUCUCAACACAUCCCAUCAUCCCCCCUUCUCACCGCCCAAAUUACCACGGAAACCCGUCGCCUCCUGACCAUCGACCUCACUCUCAUCCUCACCCAGAACGAACUUAAACCUUGUGCCUCUACGACUCUUUUAUGGGACAGGGCGGUGUUUUCUGCUGCCGCCGACGCCGACGUUGCACCGCUCCGCGAUCCGGUGUUACAUAUUUGUUCAAUGUUAACUAGUUCCCAUCCGUUGUGUCCGGUGCCAUUGUUGUUCUUGCUUUUGUUCUGAAGCUGUGACUCUUGAUUGUCAGUUCUUGUCACUCUGUUGUUCUGUUUUUUUGUUUGUUGUGUUCUUCCCUUUAGGACUGUUAUUGUUUUUUUUUUCAACUGGUGAAGUGUUGGCCCGUCACUUGGCCCCAUUGGUGAUCCCAUGUCCACGCAGACUCCAUUUACUGGAAGCAAGAUGUGCAUUUCCUAUGCAACAACGACAAAAAAAUAAAGAUGCUAAUGCUCUA